AUGUUAGUUUACUUAUUUUUAGUUAUUGCAAUUCUUACAAUUGUAAUAAACAGAUGGAAGUCCCGGAGAAUUUUGAAACUUUCCAGACAAUUGCAAAAUAAAUUUAAAGCAUACCCAUUAGUGGGGCAUGGAUAUGCGUUUAGUGGUUCCGAUGUAGAUCGAAUGAAAGCUUUCAUAGAAUUUGGCUUGGAGGCGAUCAACAACAAUGGCGUCACAAGCUUGUGGUUUGGUUAUGAUUAUUACACAGUUAUUGCCGAUGCUGUUAUUGCCGAUAAUGUAAUGAAAUCUUGUCUAGACAAGAGUAACUUAUCGGACGUUAUUCAACAUCUCAUUGGAAAUGGAAGCAUAUUUGCUCCAGUUAGAAUUUGGAGACCUCGUCGUAAAGUUGUUGCACCAACAUUUUCACAGAAAAAUCUCCAGGCUUUCUUCGAAGUUUUCUCACAGCAAAGCUGCAUUUUGGUGGAACGAUUGAGCUUGGCCGUUGACAAAGAAGCUUUUUCCGUAUGGAAAUACUUUAGCACUUUUAGCAUGGACUCUAUUUGCGAAACGGCAUUUGGUGUUAAGGCGAAUGCACAAUCGCAACCUGAUCAGCCUUUCUUGGCUGCGUUUGAUGAGUAUAGCUCGCUGAUUGCUGCCCGUAUGUGCCAACCCUGGUUGCGUAUCGACGCUUUCUACAAACUUUUACCAGACUCUAAAAAACUAGAAAAGAACAAGAAAUUGAUUUGUGAUUAUGUUGACAAGGUUGUUAAAUCAAAACUAGCAAACCAGAAAGAUAAUAUAUCAUCUGAGGAAAAUGCAAACAGAAGUGCUUACAAGACGUUCCUAGAAAUAAUGAUAGAAUCAUCAGGCAAUCGCCGUUUCACCGAUGAAGAACUUCGGGAAGAAAUUCUCGUAAUCGUCUUAGCCGGGACAGAUACGUCUGCUGUUGGCGCAUCAUUUACUUCGGCGAUGCUCUCCAGAUAUAUGGAUGUGCAAAAUAAAGUUUAUGAAGAAUUGUGCGAAGUCUUCGGAGACGUAAGUAGGCCAGUUACGUAUGAAGACUUACCGAAACUAAAAUAUCUGGAUGCUGUCAUCAAAGAGACUAUGAGGCUUUACACUCCAGUUCCCGUUGUAUCUCGAAUAUUGGAUAAGGAUAUCAGUUUACCAUCUGGUUUAACACUUGUAAAGGAUUCUGGUGCUCUUAUUAACAUUUGGGCUCUUCAUCGCAAUCCACGGUAUUGGGGCAAAGAUGCUGAAGAGUUCAGACCGGAACGGUUUCUGGAAGGUCCACUCGAGUAUCCGGCCGCUUUUAUACCUUUUAGUCACGGAGCUAGAAAUUGCUUAGGUUACCAAUACGCAAUGAUGACCAUGAAGACGGCGUUAGCGACAGUUUUACGUCAGUAUCGCUUCUUACCAGCGGAGCCUAAUGCAACGGAAGCCGAUUUACGUAAACCGCUUCGAGUUAAAUACGACCUUAUGAUGAGAAAUGUUGACAAUUAUAUGGUGCGAAUUGAAUCUAGGAGCAAAAGCAGUGUUUAG